ACAGCAAACCAGAAUCAAACGAGCGGCUGUGAUCUCUUUGACUGCACUGGGCGCCUCGAAACCAAAACGUGCUUCGCAACUUUCUUGUGUCUUUGAACUUCUGGCUAGCAAUUUUGGACCUCGAAUUCAAAUUAUCUUCUUUUGAGCAUUAAGACACUUUCCUCCUCAUGCUUUGCUCGCUUCAGCAAAAUGGGUGGCCCCAUCUUUGUCUCCCCUCAGAGAACGCAUUGCACAACCCCAUUAUCCCAAGCUUCACCUUCUUCCUCCAGCUAUCGCCCCGCCGUUAUUCUUCCUGGUUUAGGGAACAAUUCUGGUGACUACCAGAAGUUGGUUCAGACGCUGAAUGAUAAGUAUGGCGUGCCCACGGUGGUGGCUAAGGUAUCGAGGAUUGAUUGGCUAAGGAAUGCCGCUGGUUUGGUGGACCCCGAUUACUGGCGGGGCACUCUUAAACCUAGGCCUGUGCUGGAUUGGUAUUUGAAGAGGGUUCAUGAUGCUGUUCAGGAGGCGAAGGAUUUGGCGGAAGGUGCAACUUUAUCUUUGGUUGGACACUCAGCAGGAGGAUGGCUUGCACGUGUGUACUUGGAAGAAUUUGGGAUGUCUCACAUUUCCUUGUUAUUGACUCUUGGAACUCCUCACCUCCCACCUCCAAAGGGGACGCCUGGUGUUAUUGAUCAAACACGGGGUCUACUGAAUUAUGUUGAACAAAACUGCUCUAAAGCUCGUUACACCCCUCAAAUGAAGUACGUUUGUAUAGCUGGAAGAUAUAUUGAAGGGGCUCAGUUUUUUGGCCAGUCAGAUGCAAAAACUGAGUCUCUGGUUCCCAUAAAUGGUUCUCAGCCAGUUCCUGAAGCUGUUGUUAUGAAUGCUUCAGGCAAUUCUCCACCUAUGACAACAACUUUACGAACUCGCUUUGUUGGACAAGGGUACAAGCAGGUUUGUGGGCAGGCAGAUGUAUGGGGUGAUGGUGUUGUGCCGGAAGUAUCAGCCCAUCUUGAGGGUGCACUCAACAUUAGCUUGGAUGGAGUUUAUCACUCACCUGUUGGUUCAGAUGAUGAGUUGAGACCUUGGUAUGGUUCCCCUGCUAUUCUGGAUCAAUGGGUUGAACACCUUCUCAAUUGACUUGAAUGGAUCAGCAUAAUUUCAUUUAUGUGCCUUGUUUAUUAUUCUUUUUUUUAAUAUAUAUAUAUAUAUAUAUAUAUGAAGAGUUUGUUGUUGAUAGAGCAAGGAACAUCGUGGGAUGCUAAUAUGAUAAGAUUUGUUCUUGUUGUAUUUA